AUGACUGGUCCUACCAUGAUGAUGGCUCCGGCCGUGGAACCCUCGUCUUCUUUCCCGCGGUCUCAAUCCAGCCCGGACCUCCUCUCGCUCUCUUCUCUCGAAAACCCUUCAACCUCAACAACAACAACACCGAUACCGCAGCGCGAGAAUAUUUCUGAUAUUCAAUCAUUACCAAACUUCGAUCUUCCUACCUUCAAUGUCGAUUUCAACCUCGAUACAAAUCUCGACACCGUCGUUUUUCAACCCGAUGAGCAACGGGCUGAGAUCAAAGCCCCACAACCUCCCUCCAUUGUUGAAACAAAAGAGGCGCCUGAAGAAGUCUCACCGUUCAGACACGCCCGAAAAAGAACGAGCUCGCUCAUCGACACACGAGGCUGGCUUCCAGGCUCCAAGAGCACGUCAGAUCUUCACAACCUUCGCGAAGAGCCCCCUCGACCGACCACCUCCGCGGGAGACAAGAAGUUUGGCGAUGGUUCAAUCGGAAAUCUGAAACCCAUAGAGAAACCUCUGACGAAAUCCGAAUCCUUCGUCAACUUCGCCAAACGCUCAUGGAGACCUUCUCGCUCUCCUUCGCCCAUGAAAAGUGCCGAUACUGCCAAGGAAAACGACGAGCUGUCUGGGCGCAACCGAUCCGAGAGCACAACCUCAAUGAAAUUAACAAAGACUCGCAAACGCCCUGGUUUGACUGUCGAUCAGGUGGAUAAGAACAAGUCGAGCGAAUCGCUUAAGUCCUCCACCCCUAAAGCCUUCUCGCGAGCGAGCAGCUACUUUUCCAAGCUCAAAUCAAAACAAGCGGGCUUGUCAAAGCUCAACACGAAUACCGACUCGGAUACCAGCUGCGCUUCUUCGGCUACGAGUCUCGCGCCACCAGCUUCAACCACAACAGAAGAUCCUACACCGCAAUCUUCCGCCUACGAUACCACGUCUGCUACAACCGUGACCGAUGAAUCUUCUGUCGAGAUGCCGCCUCAGCAGAGAGACGUGUUGUGGUCAUCUUUCAAAGCCAUCGACGAGGAUUUUAAGGGGUUCCUUGCCAAGAGCACCGCGCAGCGCAUGUCGCAGGUUCAAACACAGCUUCUGCCCUUCCUCCGAAGCACCAUGAAUCAUGAAUCGACCAAGAAACUUUGCGCUGAGGACGUCGACCGCAGGGCAACAAUUCUGAAUAAGUGGUGGAUUACAAUCUUGGAAAUGCUGGACGGCCAAGCUCCCCAGCCUGUGCCUGGUGUUGACCGUCCAGUAUUGUUCGAUGUUGCAACUCUUCUUAUGACGCGACUGGAAUGGCGACAAGCUACGUCUUAUUUCUUGCCGCUUGUUGACCGAUCGCCAGCGGAGAAGGUUCGAGCUCGAUCCAUGACAAACUCGUCCAAUUCAUCUAUCACGUCGAGUCAGGCAGCAUUCCUCGAAGAGUCGGCCGAACACAGCGUCAGAACCAUGUUUGUUACCAACCUGGUUAAGCAAAUGGGUUUUGUUGUCGACAAGCUUUCGCUCCGUCAUACGCCGGCCAGCUUAGUUAAUUUUGCUGGAAAGGCUUGCGCGUAUGCCUUCUUUUUUGCACCUGGUGUUGCCGACAUUCUGAUCAGGCUAUGGGGUCUUUCUCCCGAGCUGAUCAGACGAGUUGCCGAUGACCUGGGUCUGCCAAAGAAGAACAUUGGUGAGAGCGACGACAUUGCGGCGUUGUUUCCCCCCACCAUCGGUGUAUUUGCCUGGACAUCACCAAAGGGUAUGUGGGAUAGCCUUAAAAAGGUACCCAGGUUGCCUAUGCUAGUGUCUCGGAUUCCUUGGACAGGUCCCUGGGCGGCUCGCUGGAAAGGGCGGGAUACUGAUGUCUUUUUCAUCUUUCUCAAGUACUUCCACAUCUUAUCCGAACAAUUCAUGCCUCCUGGGCUACCCCUCCUGGAAAAGGCAAGGUCCCCCGGAUUCGCUCUUGUUCAAGCUCAGCUUCUGUACGUUCUGGACACUACUAUCCAUCGCCAGGCCCCCAUGGAUGGCGGUUUCAACCCCGCUGCCAUGGAUGGCAUGCCAGGUGCUGAUGCUGCAAUGGCUCUGCCUCUCCCUCUCAACAAUGUCAUGAGGGGCAUGUCUGAGAACCGAUGUAUCAUGCUAUUAAAGGAUUACCUUUCGGACGACUCUCUUGAGAUUGCUGGGGCUCGCCACACGUUUGCAGAGACUUUCGCUACCAUGAUGAAAGCAGCAACCCGCAGAGUAUCGAUGUACAACCACCCAGCUUGUUUCACCCUGUGCGACUUCUUGGAGGAAGUUCUCGUGCUCUACAGCGAAUUUGAAGACCCAGACAGCUCCGACAGCUACCUCGACUGGCCUUUCUGGUUUGACGUUUGCCAAAAGAUAAUGGGCUCUUUCAACACAAUGUCUGAAAUCCGAAUGAUGGCCCUGAUAUACUCCAUCUGGGAUGCUAUCUCGAGGGACCCCGUGCGAAAGCUGGCCGUUUGCAAGGAUUGGCUGCUCACUGAAGAGACCUUCAACGAGUUCUUCAAUCACUGGUGCCCCAUGGUUCGGGCCUACUAUCAGCGUCUGCUGUCCUGGCGAAUGUGCCGGGACUCCGGAACGCUGGAUGAAGUGGAUGGUCAAAUCUUUGUUCUCGUGGCUGAGCGGCUUCAAACAACGUGGUCCCAUUAUCUCCAUAUUAAGCACGCUGCUGAAUCAGAAGGGCGAAUGGUGCCUUCGACCGCUCCCGUGAACCCUGCCCCAGGAAAACGCUUCAUGAUUAUUCGUCAGGAGAUCAACGUGCCCCAACCUGGCUUGUAUAUGGGCAGUUUUGACUCCUUUGCCAAGCUUCCUAACAGCGAGACCAGUGUCCUCAACGGUCUGCCCCCUGACGCUUCAAGGCAGGAUGGAAAGAAGCGAUGGUCACUGUUGGGCAAAGUGCUUUCUCUUGGCGGUAACACAAACGCUGGGUGGGAUGACGACUUUCAAACCGUUCGUCGAGAGACAGCAGAGUCUCGGGCUUCAACAUCGAGCAGGGCUUCCAAUACCAAUAGCUAUAAGCACCGUGUGUCUGAAGAUGAUUCUUUGUACUCUCAGCCUACAUAUGAGGAGCCAAAGUAUGUCUUCAAGUUUGUUCUCGCAUGGCAACAACAAGCAGGGCCUCUCCGAGAGCGCUUUCUGACUCGCCCUCGACUCCCCGGUCCGGCAGAAAGCCGCAUUAGUGGGCCGUUGAAAGUCAAUGGUAUCACGCGCAAGUUCUCAGGCAGUCCCCAACAGGGGCUGAUUGACAACGCAAAGAACGCGAGCUUGCUGGACUCAGCUGUUGAAAAAAGCGGCCCUCCAAGACUUGAACUCACACUCUCGGGCUCGAGUGACGAUUCCGAUAAAUCUCUCGGCAUCAAGGGCAGCCCGUCACUGGCACCAUCGCCAGUAUUAUCACCGUCACCAGCACUAUCGCAACCACCUUCGCAAUCACAGUCCCCAUCGCCAUCGCCAUCGCCAUCACCCCAACCGAACACGAGUUCGUAUACCGAUACUCCCGUGCACCCCGUGAAGCCCACUGGCCUUUACGUUAAGAAUUCGGUUUACGCUGGAAGGGCACUUGCUGAAUGGGCCCAAGUUGUUUUCGAAUGCAACAACUUCAUUGAGCGUCGCCGCGACGAAGGGAUGGGCAAUCUUGGUGACGUAGAAAUCCCCGUACUUGGAGUCGAGGGUUUCCGCAAGGUCGGCGGCUAA